AUGGACGUCGUACUGGCCGAUGGAACUCAGCUUCACGUCACACGCACUACCCAUCCCGAACUCUACUACGCUCUGCGUGGAGCUGCAGAUAGCAUCGGUAUCGUGACUACCUUCUACCUGCAGACCCAGCCCGCCCCGGCACAGAUCGUCAGCUACUCCGUGAACUUCACUUCCGCGCUGAAGUCUUCAUCUUCCGUCGCCGACGUCCUUCUCCAGUUGCAGAAGUUCGCCCAAUCUUCUCCUCUCAUGGACCGUAAUAUCACCCUUGAGAUCUACAUGAACAUAUUCGGUACCUUCGAAGUCCGAGGCUGGUACUUUGGCGACCGCACACACUUCUCCAGCGCCGUACUCCCCGCCAUGCUUGAGGGUUUGCCCAAGGCCGACAAUACAACGAUCGUGACCAGAAACUGGCUAGAUGCGCUGCAGGAUAUCGCAGAAGGCGAGCCUCUUGUUGAGCCUUUAACUGGCUAUAACAACCACCAGACCUUCUACACCAAGUCCAUUGUUACGAGAGAGGCAAAGCCACUUACACGGCGCGCACUGGAGAGCUUUGCUGGGUAUGUCAUUAGUAAGGGAUUGAGCGCAGAAUCCCCGUGGGAGACGUAUAUCUCGCUGUAUGGCGGGAGGGAUAGCCAGAUCAAUGUUCCAUCGCCUGAUAGUGCGGCGUAUUCGCAUCGCGAUUCGCUUUGGGUCUUUCAGACUGGAGAUGAAGUGAUGGGACUGAAUAGUCCAGAGCAGGCUGCUUUGCGGCCUGCACCAACUGGUCUCGAUGCGGAAGGAACAUUGCAAGAUGCUGUAAGAGACCUGAUAACAUCCUACCACGAUCUCAACCCCUCAACAAUCGACAUCCUCACCACUGAACCCUCACCCCUACAAUUCAUGCGCCACGUCGCCCGCAACCGACCCUUCGUAAUACGAAACGGAGCCAAAGACUUCAAAGCCAGAAAAGCAUGGAAUGCCUCGUACCUAAAAACCGUGAUGCAAGGCCAAAACGUCAACGUAGCAAUCACCCCGCACGGAAACGCCGACUCAGUCGUCUCCCUCCCGUCAGAUGGCGCGAUAUUCGUCAAACCGUAUGAGACCGAAGAGCCCUUUGAAGACGUCCUCAACAAGAUCCAACGCCAAGAGCAAGAAAACGACUACACCGGUCCAACACGCUACGCGCAAACCCAAAACGACAAUCUACGCAACGAAUACUCCACGCUCUUCGCCGAUGUACCCAAGAGCAUACCGUUCGCGCGUAUAGCCCUUGAGCAAGAACCGGACGCCAUCAAUUUCUGGCUCGGAAACUCGUAUUCCGCGACUGCUCUGCACAAAGAUAAUUAUGAGAACAUUUACGUGCAGAUACUGGGGCGGAAGCAUUUUGUUCUCUUGCCGCCUGUAGAGGCGGGUUGUGUUAAUGAGAAGAGCGUGUUAGCUGCGACUUAUACUCCGAAACAUGAGGAUGGUUCAGCUUCUAGUGCGCUAGAGAAGGGCGAUCUGAUUAUCAAGGUCGAUGAGCCAGAAGAAUAUGUUCCUUUCGCGACAUGGGAUCCGGAUCAGCCUACCACGAACACUACACCUUAUUCCCAAUACUCGCAGCCGCUCAUCGUAACGCUCGAAGAAGGCGACAUGCUAUACCUACCUGCACUAUGGUACCACAAAGUAAGCCAGAGCUGCAACGAAGAAGGGAUCUGUUGCGCAGUAAACUACUGGUACGAUCUCGACUUCAGCGGCGGGUUUUGGAGUACUGCGAAUUUCGUUCGGAGCGCCGGGCUACUGAGCAUGGGAGACAAAACUGCAGUACAGGGACAAGACGAGAGAUGA